UCUCUCUCUCUCUCUCUCUCUUUCUUUGAUUGAGCGCGCGAGAAAAUUGGUUUUUGUAAUCGUUUUUAAUAUAUUCAUGCUGAUUUUUUGGAAUGAUUCGGUGAAACAAAAUCGUCGUCGAAAUUUCGAGAUUAGAUGAUAAUUUUCGCGACAUUUACGUGAAAAAUCAAGACGCGAACCAAAUAAGCGGCGAGUAUAGUUUGUGUGCAGCAGCUAUUCAAAAUCGCAUCAUGGCGUGUGCGAUCGAUCGCGGCGGGCGCCCCUUCCCAUUUUUAUGGUAUAUUUUUAGCAAUAUCGCGUAUAAAUACUCCAUCGCGGAGAUACGUUAUUUUAACUGUAACACCGAUGAGCAUCGAUCGUAUCGAAAAUGAGCAGAGGUUGCUGGAAAUUCGACGAGGAGGACAAAGGUAAAAACAUAAAAGUAGGACAAGGAGAGAAAGCACGCAGCAUUAUUAGAUACAAGUCUAAUGUAUUUGCAAGGAAUAAAGCGAGUCUCUUAUCUUGUCAAGCCUUGUAUAUAGAUCUGGAGGAGGAGGACACGGAGGAGGAUAAACUUUACAAGGAGUAUAGCCGCUGGGAUCAGAUUCCCGAUAUCCUGCUGGAGGAGAUCUUUUCGUACCUGACCAUUCGCGAGCGUUACUAUGCGUCUCUGGUUUGCCGAUCAUGGUAUCGUGCCUUCAAGCUACAGAAUGUAUGGUCUACGUUCACCCUGGAGGACACCACUCUCACGCGGGGAAAAUUCAACUAUUACAGCGGCUGGCAAUACGUUCUGGAUCAUAUAAGAACGUCUACGUGUCUGAACAAAGUCGGCAAGAACUUUCGCUCACUCAUAUUUGAGCCUAUGCUCAAUUUCUACAAUCUCUAUGAGUUUAUGAAUAUGAUAUCGUGGUAUACCGAGCAACAAGGUUUCGAUAACACAUCCGUGGCCGGCGUGGGUACCUACAUUCGUAGGCUUAAGUUCACCUUUCCCUGUAACAUGGCAAACAGGAAUGAUCCUGAUCGAAUUAGACUCUUUGGCACAGGUGGAAAGCUGCUCGAAGCACUCAAGAGGCUUAUGAGAAAUUUGCAAAAUCUUAGAUGUCUAGAACUAAUAGAUCUGAUGCUCGAAAGUAAUGAGGCCUUACACUUAAUGGACGACAUUUGUAUAAAUUGCACUCAGACCUUGUCGAAAUUGAUAUUGAUAAAUACCACGCGUUAUAAUUGUCCAUUAUUACACGUUGGAGUAUUUGUUAAUUUAAAUGUCUUAGUUAUUAGUCCCCAAAAUUUGCACGAGGAUGUAAUAGAGUUAAUAAGCUAUACAAAAUUAAAGCAUCUUCAUAUCUUACAGAAUCGAUACAGUCCAAAAGAUACCACCAUAAGAUUGCCAAAGAGAUCAUCUUGGGUAAAGAUGAGAGCGAAUAAUCCUUAUUUAAAAGUACAUUUUGAGAUAGAAAGCCAUAAAGCCACGGAUAUACUUUUGCCUAUCGACUUACUGGAGCAUUGCGCCAUACCGUGCCAUAGUAUAAUAUUGGAUAAUCCAAACACGCAAAUUUUGCCAUCCACAGUGCUCACUCACGGAGCGUUCUUCGAUUCGACGAUACAGGUGUACGCUUUCAAGGGAGUAACGAGGUACUAUCUGCACAGAAACUUCGCCAAGAGAUUGGAUGAGGCGCUAGUGCAAUUCUGCCGAAUGUGCCCGAACCUGCAUACACUGAUGAUACGAGACAAAAUAUCAACAGCUACGAUUCUAGAGAUCGUCUCUACCGCGAAACGCUUACGCUGCUUGUACGUUCGACGAAAUGUUGUCCUGAAGAAAUGUGACAGAGCCUGGUCGAAAAUCCUGGAUUGGUCGCCCGAGUAUUAUCGAUGGAUAAAGGUAAAUAGCCAUACUUACGAGAACACGGAGAGGGAGGUGUCAAGAAUAUUGGGCUAUCGAUGGCACAUGUUAUCCGAAAAAGAAUUUAAGACGCAGACGAUUAAUUUGCAUAUGUAGGUCGUUGUUUCUAUAUAUUAUAUGUAUAUAUAUAUAACGAUCUAUUUGUGCAAAUAAAAGAACUCGCCUGCGAGUUUUUAUAAUCUAAGAAUUUUUUGUAUAUAUAUAUAUAUAUUUAUUAUAUAUUUAUAUAUUUUGAUGUCCCUUUUACGAAAAAUGUGCAAAGAUUGUUGCCAUGACUGUAUGCUUAAUGUUAGUGAUAAUUCAUAAUAAUUAUGUGCCAGGUUAUUUUUAUGUAACACUGCGUCGAAAUAGUGAUGAUUAAAAAUUAUUAUGGAUAUAUCGAGAGAAAGAUUGAAAUGUACUUAAUUACAUAAUUAUUU